ACGAGGGUUUCUCUCUCUUUGGUUUUACACCACCUCUUCGCUCGCAUCACCGCGAGCUGCCUCUCUCCUCUCUCUCUCUCCGUGCAGAUCACACAGUAGUCAGAAUCUAGGGUCAGGUUUAGAGUUUAGACAAUAUUUCGUGCUAUUGAUUCAAUAUAGAUCAAAGUUGUGUACCGAACUAGGGUUUAUUUAUUGGUGUGUAUGAGAAGAAGAUGAGUGUGGAUCUGGUGUCUUCCAACGCACAUGGCAACCUCGACGAGCAGAUUUCACAACUCAUGCAGUGCAAGCCCUUGUCCGAGCCCGAGGUUAGGGUUUUAUGUGAGAAGGCUAAAGAGAUACUAAUGGAAGAGAGUAAUGUUCAGCCUGUAAAAAGCCCCGUGACGAUUUGUGGUGACAUUCAUGGGCAGUUUCACGAUCUUGCUGAACUUUUUCGCAUUGGAGGGAAGUGCCCAGAUACAAAUUACUUGUUCAUGGGAGAUUAUGUUGAUCGUGGGUAUUAUUCAGUUGAAACUGUCACGCUUCUUGUGGCCCUAAAAGUCCGUUUUUCUCAACGAAUAACAAUUCUUAGAGGAAAUCAUGAAAGUCGACAGAUCACUCAAGUUUAUGGGUUUUAUGAUGAAUGCCUACGAAAGUAUGGGAAUGCUAAUGUUUGGAAAAUAUUCACAGAUCUUUUUGAUUAUUUUCCACUGACAGCUUUGGUUGAAUCAGAAAUAUUUUGUCUGCAUGGUGGAUUGUCUCCAUCCAUUGAGACCCUUGAUAAUAUACGUAAUUUUGACCGUGUUCAAGAAGUCCCACAUGAAGGCCCUAUGUGUGAUCUUUUAUGGUCCGACCCAGAUGACCGUUGCGGUUGGGGAAUCUCACCACGUGGUGCUGGAUACACUUUUGGCCAAGACAUAUCUGAGCAGUUUAACCAUACCAACAACCUAAAGCUGAUUGCCAGGGCUCAUCAGCUGGUUAUGGAGGGAUUUAACUGGGGACAUGAACAAAAGGUAGUAACUAUUUUUAGUGCACCCAAUUAUUGUUAUCGAUGCGGGAACAUGGCAUCUAUUUUGGAAGUUGAUGACUGCAAAGGGCACACAUUUAUCCAGUUUGAGCCUGCUCCAAGGAGAGGAGAACCUGAUGUAACGCGAAGAACGCCUGAUUAUUUUCUAUAAAACAAGCUGCUUGAGUUGCUGAGCGGCAGAGGCGACAUGUUGGUUAGGUUUAGGUGGUUGCAGGUUCUUGCUGUGAUUAUUGAUUUUAAAAUUAUUAAUCUUGAGCUGCUAUCCUUUGUUAGUGGUGGGGGGAGGGCCAAAUGGCAUGUAAAAUGGGCAGUGAGUGGCCCCUUUGAUAUAAAUUAUCUUCUCUCUCUUGGUCUUUCUUAAAUCAAGGCCGUGUUUGGGCUGGUGAUGCCGUGAUGUAUCAUUUCAUUUAAAACGUUUGAUGAUGUUCUUAUCUUUCUCUUUAAACAUACUGUAGCUGUAUUUUUUCCUUUUGGCUUCAAUUUAUUCUGUUUUGUUCUUA